UUUUUUUUUAGUAGUAAAUUUUAUUUCAAGGGGGAUGGUGUGCCGUCCGUUUGUGCUUAAUUUGUCAUAUUGUAAUAUUUUUAUUAAAAAAAUAAUAGAUUCCGCUACGUAGCACGUACUUAAAUAUAAAUAUUAAAUAAGAAAAAAAUAUAUAUAGGUAACUUGUAGUGUUUACUGUGAAUAUAAUGUGUUAAAAACUAAAAAGUGCUGAGUGCGGAGAAAACAAGCGAAGCGCCAGUAUGUCUGAUGAACUUGAAGCUCGUAUGUGGGAUGAGGAUGGCUCCAGAUACGAGACCAGGAGCCGAGGGGCGUAUUUCGAGUCGGCCUUUGCAUCUUCUGAACAUUUAGAUAGGGCUCCUUUGUUAUCUGAGGAGAGCUACACGGAGGUGUCGGUGGCGCCGGCAGCUGAGGCGGAGGAGCAUUGCCACUGGAAGAGGCCGGAGCCGCCCAGCGCCGUGCCGCAGCUGCUGGCGGCGCUUGUGCUAUGUGCCAUCUUCAUGAUAUGCGAGAUCGUGGGCGGUUACCUCGCCGGGAGCAUCUCCGUGAUGAGCGAUGCGGCGCACAUGCUGAGCGACUGCGGCGGGUUCGCGCUGGCGCUGCUGGCGUUUCGCUGCGCCGCGCGCCCGCCCAACGCGCACAUGUCCUACGGGUACCGGAGAGCGGAGGUGCUGGGCGCGAUGACGUCGGUGCUGCUGAUCUGGGCGCUGACCGGCGUGUUCGUGUACGUGGCGGCAACGCGCGUGCGCACCGGCGACUACAACAUCGAGCCCGACAUGAUGAUGCUGGUGUCGGGCUGCGGCGUGGCCUUCAACGUGGUGCUGGCGCUAGUGCUGCACGGCUGCGCGUCCGACAUCGCACACUACCACUCGCACGGUGGCGCGGCGUGCGCGCACUCGCACGAGCACUCGUCGCGCGGGCUGCGGCUGUUCCGGCGGCGCGACAAGCAGCCCAACGGCGCGCUGCCCAACGGCGACUACGGGAUGAAGGACCUCGCCGCCACCGAGGCGCACGUCGCCGGCUCCACCGCUAGAAAUAUAAACCUGCGCGCGGCGCUCAUCCACGUGAUCGGCGACCUCAUACAGAGCUGCGGCGUGCUGCUGGCCGCCAUACUCAUCAAAAUAUAUCCCGAGGCGAAGGUGAUCGACCCGAUCUGCACGUUCAUAUUCAGCGUGCUGGUGCUGCUGACGUCGGCGCGCGUGGUGCGCGACGCGCUGUCCAUGCUCAUGCAGGCCGUGCCCACUAACUUUAGGUACCGCGAGUGCGUGUCGGCGCUGGGCGCGCUGAGCGGCGUGCGCCACGUGCACUCCGUGCACGCCUGGGCGCUGUCCACGCACCACACCGUGCUCACCGCGCACGUCGCCAUCGACGAGCUGGCGGACUGGGAGGCGGUGCUGCAGGCGUGCCAGCGGCUGGCGCGGCAGUACGGCGCGGCAAGCGGCGCGUUCCAGCUGGAGCGGUACGCGCACUGCAUGGCGAGCUGCGCGGACUGCCGGCAGCCGGCCGCCGCGCCCUGACACCUGCGCACGCUCACCCGCUAGCCGCUCAGAUUGUGGACAAAACGCGGCUGAGCUAUGACGUCACAAACUAAACAAGAUGUCAGAAAUACAAAAAAAUAAAGCUUAAAUGAAAUGUAACAGGAAAUCGUGAUGAGAUUCAUAGGGUAAGGUCGACGAAACUAUUUAUUUAUAUAUUACUUAUUGUGAUGAUGAUGAAAUGUUGAUAAAUGUAAGAUAAUUGUAAUUUAUAAGACUUGUAUUGUAUGCAACAUUCCAAAAAGUAUUAGUGUAAUAUAAUGUAUUAAAUGUUUAGAAUUGGCGAUGAAACUAUAAGAGCCUUCGUAGCACCAAUGGAUCAAUUUUUAUUUGUUAUACUCGACCAUAAUGCCAUUGUAAUAAGAUCUAAAUUGCAACAAUCCCAAUUAAAUUAUACUAUGGGUUAAUAUGAUCUACUGAGGCUCUAGAAUAUUCGUAAGUUUCGUAAAUAAUUUUGUUCUAUCAUGUUUUUAUUAAAUUAAUGUCAAAAUAGUAUUAAAAAAGUGCCAAAGUUUGGAUUGUAUAAUAAUAAAUGGUUAAUAUAAAUAUAUUGGACAAUUGAAAUGUAAUAUAUUAUUUUUAAAUGGUAUUGACUCGAUUAUAUAUAUAGUUAUUAGCAAUAAGGCCUGGCCCAAACACGUGUAAUGUUAUGUCACUGGAUAAGGACUAUCUCAUUUUUUUUUUAAAUUUUUCUUAAAGUUACCCAUUGACAACUAUCUCACCUGAUGUUAAGUGAUGAUGUUGAAUGUAAGAUGGAAGCGGGCUAACUUGUUAGGAGGUGGAUGAAUAUCCACACCCCUUUCGGUUUUUACAAGACAUCGUACCGGAACGCUAAAUCGCUUGGCGGUACGUCUUUGCCGGAGAAUCAGUCGAAGCUAAAAUUAUUGGUGUAAUAGUUAGCUAGGUCAAGCCAAUAGAAAAUAGGGUUUUUCUUUCAAAAACGCAGUCUUGGAGUUAAAAAAAGUCGGCCAUGUAAGACCUUAAAUUCAAUUAAUUAAAAUAUUUUUAAUAUUCAUAGAUGGCGUUAGUGGUACUACUUCUCUUUCAGGAACAACGCUUUGUGGAAAUUUGUUUAAUGCAAUUAUUGUUUUUGUAUUAAAGUUCGUUGGCGUUGAGUAAUACAAUCUACAUGUGAUUACUAUAUUGAAAAAGUGCGGACAGUAUAUUUACCACAGAAAAAAGAAUGAUAUAGAAUGAGUCUACAGAAGCAACGCGGUGAGGCCGGUGAAACCCAUAAAAUAAAACAAACGCCACGCGUCUCCUUGAUAUCCGCAUAUACAAACUUUUUUCAGAAUUGCUAUUUCAAGAUUUAACACUAACAACAAUUACGUAAAUUGAUAUCGUAAUAGACUGAUAAAUAAUCAAUUUACCUGUAAAAAAUUCUCCCAUCUUAUUUAAUUUUAAAAUUUAAAAACUUAAGACGCCAUUUUUUUUGAACAAUAUUGAAUGUUACUGAUGCGACGCUUCGUGUCGUACUAACUCGAGAAAGUAUUCGUUUUUUUUUAAUUUGUAUUUGGAAUGGCUGAAUCCCUGCCAUGUUCCGUACGCUCUAUCUGCCUAUUAUUCUUUAAUCUGUGAUAUUUACGUUUAUAUUUUGAUAGUGCGUUGUCCACAUUAUACACGUGACAUUACACGAUAUAGAUAUUACAUACCAGAAGUCUGGGCCAGGCCUUGUAUAAAAAAAAUUAUGUAAUUCGAAUUAUUAGCGGAAAUGUUUGUUAUAAGUACCAAAUACACUUGUUGAUGCGCAUAAUGCUAGUCUAGUAGGAAUCCUGAGUAAAUAUGUAUAUUUUCAUGUUUAUAUGUAUUAUGUCUCCCACACACGUUCAAUGAUAUUGUUCAUAAAGUAGGGUAAUUUGCCUCUUACCGAUAAGGGUGAAUUACGACUUUAGGCAACCAUUACCUGCUUUAAUUUAUUAUACAAAAACGGCUAAAACUCACGUGAUACAACGUCGAAGUAUGCCUGACUAGUUUCGAACCUAUACGGGGCCCUUAGUCAUGAGCUGGUUCUUGCAUCGCGGUACGAUCGAAAAUGUUGAAAAUUCUAAAAUUACCUGCUUUAUUAACAAUAUUAUUUUGUGUGUGCGACUAGGGAUAAGAUAAAUUAGGACGCACAAUUUUGACAAACGUGUUAUAAACUUUUGCUGUAUGAUAUGUUAAAUGUAUAAUCUAUACUAAUUUUAAACAGCUGGGGGUUUGUGUGUUUAUUUGUAUGUCUGUUUAUUUAUUUACUCUCGCUCAUCUCGAAAGGAGGGUAGGAAAACUUUAUGAAAGAUAAAAAAAAAACAUUUUCUUGUGAGACGAAGUCGCUGACGUUUGCUUGUAUAAUAACAAGCAGGUCGCAGGCGCAGUCUUAGGCCUCAUUCGCACGAGAGCUUUUUUAAUAGACGUUAAAAAAGCGUUCAAUAUAGUAUGAAGUUAAAUAAAAGUCUUUUUCCAACGCCCAAAAUUAAAAAUGCAACACUGCUCGAAAAAAAGCGUCGCGUUUUAAAAACGCUGUCGUGUGAACAUACACUUGGGAAUGCAUUUGUUGUAUUUGAACGCUGUUUAAGCGUCCGUUAAAAAGCUUUCGUGCGAAUGAGGAAUUAAUUAAUUAAUUGAUAUAUAGAUGCAUAUUUUAUUUUAACUACAAGUUUGAGAAAUUUCUUAAUAUUUAAUUAAAUGUUAGACUUGGAGCUUGUUUCUGUUUUCUUUAUUUGAUUCCGUCUUUUGUUUUAAAUUCUAAUGUUAAUCGAAUUUCUUCUAUAUAUUAUUGAACUAUUCUGCCUGCUCUGAAUUUUAUUGUUAUUAAGUACUUACAUUUAUUAAAUAUUAUCUGUAAAAAAAACGUUUUUUUAAGUUUCUUGUAUUGAACUGUUUUUCCGUUAUAUUCUAAUUAUAAAACUUGUUAAUUUACUAAAAGCUUUUGACCUGUAUUAUUUUUUCUAACAGUAUUGGUUACAUAAUGCUCAAAUAAAUAUAAAUCAAAAUUGUGCGUUAAAACUACAUACGCUAAGUAACUAUUUGAAAAAAAGCUUUUUUUACAUAAAUCUUCAAAACACCGCGUAAAUGUAAAUUAGAUAUAUUGAAAUUAUUAUUGUUGUUAAUAUAUAAAUUAUUGUGAAUACUAUGUAAGUUAUGAUAUUUUAGUUGGAGAGCUGACCACGAGAUAUCAUGGAGGUGCUUGACAAUAUUUUAGAAAUUCUUAAGAACCUACUAAGAAUUACAGUUGAAGUCUGCUAGAGUUUAUUAGUGAAACCGAGACAUAAUAUAACUAGUCAAGUUAAUUUUCUUUUACUAAAAUAAAUAUUAGGUGUGCUCAAUGAAUGUCAGGAGGUAAUAUUAGUAGGUUUAGUAAUAUUUCGUCUUCAUUUGUACGAGACUUAUUUUAACGGAUGUUAAAAUAAGUCUCGUACACUACUCGUUAAAUAAAGGUCUAUUUCUAAUGCCCAAAAUUGAAAAUGCAACACUGCUCGAAACCUGUAAUGUAGUUUUAAAAAAGUGUUAAAACAUGUAGUUUUUUUUUUAUAAUCUAAGCGGCGUAUCGUACGACCACAGAUAAAUUAUUUUUCUUUAAAAUUUUCACAAAACCCUGCACUAUCGAAACGAAAGAUAACACCAAAGUGUACAUUUUACUGAGGGUGUCUUAUCUGAAUCUGCCUGACAAAAAUCUCGAUAAUAGCUGAUUUUUUUAAGCAUCUCCACAAAUAUUUCCACAUGCUCUCUGACUAUAUUGUGUGUAAAUAUAAGCAUUGUUUUGCAUAAAUAGGUAUUAUUUUUUCAAGUAAAUAUUUAUUAAGUGUAGAAAAUGAAACUAUUAGACGCUAUUUUAGUUUCCAAAGAAAAUGUUAGUAUAUUAGUGUUAAUUGAAAAUGUUUAUCUAAUGUAAGUUACGAGUUAUUAUAUAUUAGGGUAAGAUAAAGGUGCUAAUUCGGUUGUAUGCAAAACAUUAAUAAAUACCUUAUCACAAAGUUAUAUUUAUUCCCAAAAUUUUUAUUGUUUUAAAUAAUUAUUGUAAUUGUUGUUUGUUUGUUUUGAAUAAUUGUCGAGUUUAUUGUCGGGUCUUCAGAACUUGUUUCCAAACCGGUGAAAAACUAAAAAUCUUUUAAUAACUAGUCAAACUUAAAAAAGUCUAACAAAUUUGACUAUUUUUAGAAUUGUUUUAUGUAGUCAAACUUACUGGGGUAACCAACCGUUGUGGAAUCCAUAGUUUUCGAAUUCAUUAUAAUUAAAAAGAACUUUGUGACUGUUAAAGGUAAUGUUUUGCAUACAGUCUUAUUAGCACAACAAAGAAUUCAAUAAUGUGCUCAAACUAGUGAAUUUAUUGUGAUAGAAAUACCCUUUUUGUGUAAUUAUGUUUUGAGUAGGAGUUGAUGUAGCAGUUCAGUUGUAGUUACCUACUUCAACUUGAACAGAAGGCUUUAUAACCAUUGUGAGUGGUCGAUUCAUAUUCGUUUUAAUACAAAUACGAUGUGUGUUAAAACUCAAAAGAUAAAAUGCAAUCACAGUCAAAGCAAAAACAACAUAUUCCUAAAUCUAAAUAGCAUUGUAAUACCUACUAUUAAAGUUGGGUAGGUACACUAAAAAGUAUCAGCAGACUACAGGUUAAAAAACUACAUAUAUUCUUUAAUUAUAUUAUUGUAAAAACUAAUUCGGCGUGCUAAUGCAGAAAUCAAAAAUCAAAGAAAUUAUAAUGAAGACUUACUUAAACUAUUACACGAAUAUGAAUCGAUUACGAGUGACUGCAUAAACGUUUUCAAGUAAAAAUGGGCAGGCACUUCUCUCUUUGGAAUAUUUUUUGUAUAAUUUAGAGCGCAAAAUCCACCGCAAACGAAAAUUUGUCACAUUAAGUUUUCGAGAAGGUUUACAUUAAGGCAUAGGUAUUAGUGCAAUAAAUGACUCUAAAUUGAAUGUUGGAUCUAUUUUUCUCUUGACUUUAUUAGUGUUAGGGCUCUUUCCGUCUGCAUCCGAGAAUAUUUAGAUUUAGAAAUCUUUGAUAAAAUUCGGAUAUUGGCAUUACAUUGCAUUCAAUGUAGCUCAGUGUAUUGCUUGCAUUUUUCAUUGACUCGAAUACAAUCAGAGUGUAGUGCAAACAUGCGUUGGUUACUUGUAAUGUUAAUUUGUCAAAAGUUAAUUCGGUUAGUGAACAAUGCGCCGAAUUAAGAAUUGGAGAAUAUGUCGCAUCUUCGGUUUUGGAAAAAUAAAUUCGGCUUCGGAAACCUUAAUUAGCGUUACGGGUACCUACUUCGAAUCAAAUUCUUAAAUAGUGUGAAAAGAGCCUUACCAAUAAUAAUGAUAAUCUUUUGAGUAGCUAAUGUUGUAUGAAUGAUUGUUUGCGGUGGGCUUUGAGGCUGUUUGCUGCCAAAUUAAAAAUGAAAACCAAAAAAGUAUUUUUGAAAAUUGUAUGUAUAAAUAUAUUUUGUAAACUAAGCUUUGUCAAGUUGUUUUGCUGUGCAAUAUUGUGUCUAUCGAUGUAUUUGCCGUCCGCGUUCGAACUCUGUUGUAACCAAUGUACUGAAAAUAAAAUCGUGAAAUUA